UAGAGCCAAUUAUAUCCUGGAUUGAUAUCAGAGGAGUCUGAGGGCGUGAGCGGAGGCAGAAGGCCAGCCUUUUGACACACCGUUUAGUAGUGGAUUCUGGAGAAAGCAAAUGUAGGCACAAGCAGACUCAGCUGUGGUGAGCCUCCAGUUGCUGACACAGUCCUUGGGUUUUGGCUGCACCUGCAGAAGAAGAAGCUGCAGUAUGUGGAAGAAGAGAAAGGAGGCAAAGCUGCUGUCCAUCACAGCCCCCACCAGCACACACCUGGAAUUUGACCUGUGGCUCUGGUUUAAAUGAGCUUUGUCAAGCAUUUUGUUCUUUCUGAUGAGGCCUGUCACCUGUCUGCAAGCCUGCAGACCAAGUGUACCACUAGGGAUUGUGACCCUUUGCCUGAUGGCCAGGUGGACCUUCCAAGCCCAGGGAGAAGUAUCACUGCAUGUCCCUCAACCCAAUGUGAACACCACAGUGGAACAAAACAUUUUACUAUCCGUCGCCUACACCUGUGAAGGUACCCCCAUCAUUAAGUGGAAGCACACAUCCCCCAGGGGCACCACGGAAAUAGCGGAGUGGAAACCUGGAAGUUACACCAACAUCUCCAUUAGUUACGAAGGCAGAGUGAAUGUUUAUGAAAAUGGUUCCCUCCAGCUGUUGAAGGUGGAUCUGAGAGAUUCUGGUUACUACUUGGUCACAGUGAGGGACAAGUCUGGAUUUACCAUCUACGGGACCAUCCUGUUAAAUGUUUAUGAGAUUCUCUAUGAAGAUUUGCAUUUCGUAGCUGUCUUCUUUGCCUUUCUCACAGCUGUGUCUGCCAUUCUCAUCUGUUUCAUGUGGCUGUGCAAUAAAUCCAUCCAUCUACUUCAGGAGAGGCAGCAGCUCAAAGCCAGCACCACUGAAGAGACAGAGCUGCAAAUGAUGGAUGUUAGCUAAGGACCAUUUCAAUAUGCAACUCCAUUUUCUAUCUGAAGAGAAAAUAAAUAUAAGGACACUACCGCUGAGAUCAGAGAUUUUGUAAUUUCGUUGCAAGAUUGCUUUUGUGGUGGUGAAGUCAACAAUGCUUAAGUGGAAAGAAUGAAGAUUUACAAAGGUUUGAAAGCUACUCUCAUUACAGUACCAUAACUUCCAAUGGAUUUCUUCUAAGAAGACAGAAGGCUUUUGUUGCUUAACAUGCAUAGACUUAAGAUGACAUGACGGAGGACUUUAAAAAGUGCUACAUAUGCACCCACAAUAGCUUUGAAUGCAUGUCAAUUGAACAGACUGCAGCAUUUAAAAAAACUGUGACCAUUUAUUUAUUAUACACAUUAAAAAGUUACCAGGCUGCAUGUGGUAGAUUAUUUUCCUGACAUAGCAAGGACAUACUGAUUGUUCAUCUGAAGAAAGAACUAACUUUGGAAUUAUCGCCUAGACAUUUAUGGCGUCUCAUUAAUCUUCAAAUGUUAGAAAAUGACAAAAUGAAUAAUCACUUCCUACAUUUGUAUUCCCCUUUUCUAUGGUACUGAAGGUUGUGUCAGUGGAGUAAAUCUACUUUUAUGUUUACGAUACCACCCAAGGUCGGAUCAGUUUCAGAAUGAUUUCCCAAAGCCCUGCGGUGAGCUUCAUGAGCAGGGAUUUCAAUCUGGCAUUCUGCUUCUUCUCCACCUGCAUUGGUCUCUUCUAUAUUUAACUUCCUAUAUUUCUCUCUCUUUGGAAUGAUAUCACCACAAGACAAGUCCGUGAAUUAUUAUACGCAGUGGCAUAGUUCAGUGUUGCUUGGAUAGCUUUAAGAUAACAAAUUAUUAACCAUGAUUAUUUAGUAGUUAUUACUGGAACAGUGCACAGUAUUGACAUUCUUAUUUUAUGGGUGAGACAUUUCAUGCAUUCCAACCCCAUACAAAUAUGUUAAUGCUGAAUUCAAGGACAUGUUGUCUUUAGAAACAGUGCAGACAGGAAAGAAAGCUUUGUAAAAAAUAUCAAUGAUCCCCCCCCCCCAUUAAUCUUUAUUGCAGUUCUGUUACUCUUA